CUGUAAACCUCAUCCCCAAUCCUUCCUGUGGAUGCAAUAUCUUCUUCCUCUCCAAGUCUCUCUCGCUCUCCCCUACCUACUCCCGAUCCCCUUCCUCCUCAGUUCGUUACACUCCCUCGAGCCUCGACCUCCCCGGCAACCUUCCUCCCCUCCCAAGUCCUUGUCUAAGAUGGUUGUGAAGUUGAUAUCUUAUCUCUACUUAUCAUUUUGAUGCAGCGCGGCAUUAAUGAAAUUAGCAGAUCUGGAGUACUGUGGCACCACUAGUUACUUUAUCAAACUGUUUCUGGAUAAGAAAUAUGCUUUGCCGUACUGUGUACUCGAUGCUGUUUUUGCCCAUUUCAUGCGGUUUCUUGACGAUGAGAGGAGCAUGCCUGUUAUAUGGCACCAGUCACUGCUCGCCUUUGUGGAAAGAUAUAAGAAUGAGUUGGAGAAGAAAGACAAGGAGCAACUCUUGCGCUUGUUAGAUAACCAGAAGCAUUAUUUGGUGACUCCAGAAAUUCGUAGGGAACUUCGGAGCAGCGCCAACAGGGGCAAAAAGCCGACCGAUAUGUCGAUAUAUAUCCUUUACUGGCCGCACCAUUUAUUUCCAGUCCUUUGCUUUGCAUGUUAA